GUGGUAUAUGAAUUAGCAUGGCUAGUUAUGUUGGGGUCGGUUGCAAGUCUGGGUCAUCCCUGGACGGAUUAGACCUUUGCUGUGUGGAAUUUACUGGAGAUCGAGACACGGAUGUUUGGGGUUACCGCAUCGUUAAAGCUGACACUCUACCGUAUGACCGGGAAUGGACUUCACGACUAGCCGGUGCGCGAGACGUGAGUGGCGAGGCAUUGAUACGACUUCAUGUUGAAUAUGGACAUCUUAUAGGGAAAAUAAUCAAAAAAUUUAUAGAAGAAAAUGAUAUUGAUGUGGAGUUCGUCUCCUGUCAUGGACAUACAAUUUUUCACAAUCCGGCACAGAAUUACACAUUUCAGCUAGGAGUCGGGGAAACAGUGUCUCGGUACUUAGAUUGCCCGUUUGUCUGCAACUUCAGGAGCAAGGACGUGGCAUUUGGCGGUCAGGGGGCGCCUUUUGUACCAUGUGGAGAGAAAUAUCUUUUCCAGGCCUAUGAUAUCUGUAUAAAUCUUGGUGGAAUUGCAAACAUUGGCCUACAUGGCAGUAAAGGUUAUGAUAUUUCAGCGUGCAACUAUGUGUUGAACAAAUUAGCAUCCAACCACGAUGUGUCCUUGAACUAUGACCCAGAUGGGAGAAUUGCAAGGCAAGGUCGUGUGCUGAAAAAUGUGUUAGAAAAACUAGAUUUACUGCCUUUUUACAGAAAACCUCCUCCCAAGUCACUCAGUGCGAAAUGGAUAGAUAAAAACAUUCUGCCUAUUUUAGAUACGACGUCGUACAAAAUUCCAGAUUUGAUGAGAACAUUUGUGGAGCAUGUGGCUUGUAAACUUGUGGAGGCUUGUCAAGAAGUCCAAUCUAUUCCGGACAAACAAACGUCGGCCAAAAAGAUGACCGUCUUACUGACUGGGGGUGGGGCCUUCAACAAAACACUGGUAGAUGUGUUCAGAAGGAAGUUAGAAAAACUCGGCACCCACCUGGUGUCAUCGGAUAAAGACACAGUCUGUUUCAAGGACGCCUUGAUAUUUGCCUUUUUGGGACUGAAGUGUAUAUUUGGUGAACCUAACGUGUUUAAGGAGGUGACGGGUGGGGAAUCGGACUCUGUGUCGGGCAGUAUACACCUCCCGGUAUCCACAUCUAACGAUUAUUGCCUUACGUAUUUUCGAAAGAAAAAGUCGAUCAUUUAAUUUUGUCUUUAAAGAGGUUUUCCAUGGUAGAAAUCAAAUCAGCAUAAAAAAAAAUCCUUGAGAGAGAGAGAGAGAGAGAAUGUAUUUAUCAAGUAUAUCAGAUGCACAAAUGUUUGUUCACUGUUUUAAUUAUAUCCA